AUGAUCCCGUGCAGGCGCCGCGCAAACCGGCCGCGGCGCCCUGGCGAUCUCCCACGAACCUGCGCGACAAGAGACUGGGCGGGCCUCGGGGACGGGCCGGCCGGCCUGAUCGCCGAGCUCGCCCUCGCCAGCGACGUGGCCGACUACAUCCGCUUCCGCACCGUGUGCCAACCGUGGCGGCGGUGCUCGCCGGACCCGCGCGCCAGCGGCUUGGACGUCCGUUUCCUGCCCCGCCAGUGGAUCAUGCUAGACAAGGCACCUGCCGCUGCCGGCCCCCGUCGCCAUCGCUUUCUCAACUUGUCCACCGGCGAGUGCAUCCGAAUGGACCUCCCGCAGCUCGCCCAGCAUACGCUGCUCACGCUCACCCCCGAGGGCCUCCUCCUGCUGCUCGCCGAGCCAACCCUGGUGGUUCGCUUGCUUAACCCGCUCACGCACCAGCUUAUCAAUCUCCCGCCAAUGACCGCGCUUCUGAGCCCUGAGGAUCAUCGAGCUUGGCACCUCGGCUUUGAGAUAGGAAUGAAAGGAUGUUUUAGGGUGUCUAGCGUGGGCCUUGUCGCCGACGCCUCCACGGUGUCGGUGGCAGUCAGCUUCUACAGUCCCAUGGUGCUCGCCGUUGCUAAGCCCGGCGACGAGAGCUGGACCGUGGUCGACAAAAAUUACAUAUGUUCGACUCUGUCUUUCGGAGGCCGCGUCUACUCUGUCCCCUGCGGGGUGGUCAUGGUGCUGAAGAUGGGCUCAGAAGGCCAGCAGCCGCCACGACUCGAGACGGUCGUUGACUGGAGCGAGCUGUUCCACUUCUGCCCAAUGGCGCAUAGCCUUCACCUCGUAGACAAUGGCGGGGAUCUGUUGAUGGUGCACCGGGCGCUACGAUUCAAGGACGAUGAGUUUCACAGGGAGUACAAUGUUUAUAGAGUGGAUCUGGAAGCUGGGGUCCUAGUCCCGACCAAGAGCUUCAACGGGCGCGCCGUGUUCAUGGGCAUGAGCCGUGCGAUCUCCGUAUCAGCUGACGCCGCUUUUCCCUCGCUCACUGCUGAUACUAUCUACCAGGGGCGCGAUUGGGAUGGCCGGGCUCACGAGUACAGCAUUGUGGAUGGAAGCAAAUGCAAUCCGACCCUUGACAGGUCGGUAUGCCCGAGUAGCAUCGUGGACUGUUUGCGUUACUGCAUCCAGGGCGUCCGCGAGGAACUUGUCUGA